AUGAAGCUCGCCAGCACUCUCGCAACCGCCGCCCUGACGCUCGCAACCAUCGGCUUUGCCAGCCCCACGCCUGACGAGAGCAUCACCCUCAACCAGCGUGACAAUGAGCUGUUUGCUCGCAAGUCGUGCAGCGGCAGCCGGACGAGCAGCGACCGGUGCUCCGGCAAGAGGCUGAGGCCCCAGCACUCAUGGCACAACUGCAACAACCAGAGUGGAAAAUGUUGUGCUAUCAACAAGGACGGAAGCGGCGGCAUGGACGUCAAGAAGGGCCUCGGCCGAGAGGACUGCGGAUACUGCUUCGGCGGCAAGUGCCAGGGUUGA